UCGACCACGUAGCAGAUUCCUGGCAGAGGCAGCCGCUUGUGUCUACUCUCCUUCUCACUCCCUCUCUCUCUGUCUGUGUCACGCACGCACACGCACAGUGCGUGUGUCACUUGCCCAUGUAGAACCACGUAGCACAAGGUUUGGAUUCUGAACAGCCUCACAAAGCCAGUCGGAGCCUGUCAUGGAUCUCUUUGAACUGGACUUUUUCCGAGACUGGGAGCUUGAACAACCAUGCCAUUUGGAGUCAGAGCGCAGUGUCCUCAAAAGGAGAGAAUGGGAGAGGAGGACCCAGGAGGUACAGCAGGAUGAAGAUUUGUUCUCCACUGGAUUCAACCUGUUUGGGGAACCUUACAAAACUAAUAAAGGUGACGCGUUGGCAAAUCGGGUCCAGAACACGCUUGGCUCCUAUGAAGAAAUGAAAGACCUGUUAACCAGCCAUUCGAACCAGAGCCACUUAGUGGGAAUCCCCAAAGGCAGCAGUGGCAGCAACAACAGCAUGCAAACGCCGACCACAUCAGCGAGUGAGAGAUCCGCAAUGGAGUCGCAGCUUUUCAAUGAGACCCCGAAUGGGGGCACAGGAGCACAGGGGGGAGGAGUGGAGGGAGGCGAGGAAACAAAAAAUGCAAGUGCGUCCUCGGCAUCCUCAAAUUCCACGCAACCUCCUGCGUCAACAACAACGUCAUCGAGUGUGCAGUCAUUUCCACAUCAGAAUUCCAAAAAGUCCAGGAGCUCCAUGGAGUGGGGAAAGGGAGGCCAUGCGCAGAGCACCCCAACAACGGGCCUCCCUCUGGGGAUGGGGCAAGGCCAAGGUCAGGCUCCCGGAGCUGCAAAUGGAAGGGGGAAAGUCUCAAUGUUUGAAGAACAUCAAUUCCAAAGGCAUGAGGAGCUUUUCAGCUCACUGAAAGAUGAAUUGGGUUUAAAAAAAGAUUUGAGCCCUUCCUCGUCAUCUUCAUCCUCUUCCUCCACCUCCUCGAGGAGAGGGCAUUCUUCACACCCCGCUAAGACGCUUCCUGUCACAGAUGGUGGACAUUUUCGAUCUUCGACCAUGGAUGCUAGUCAUUGCAAAUCGUCCGGCUCCCCGUCAGAAACGGAACCGAGCUCCCACCUCUCCGCGUCCUCCUCCCCGCUGGCCUCCACAUCACUUUUGUCAGCACCUGUACCUGGUCUCACCACUCCCACAUCUACAUUCCCACUUGGUGGCCUAUCAGGGAAGUCGAUUGCAGUGCAGCAGAAGCCAACGGCUUACGUUCGCCCAAUGGAUGGCCAGGACCAGGCACCUAUCGACUCUCCUCAAUUAAAGCCACUUCUCGCGGCCCCAGAGGGGUUCAACUGUGGUCAACCGUACGGUGGAAACUCUGGGAACAUGAAGAAUAAACUGCCAAAACUGAGUCUGAGCCACACCGCGGAGGUCAGCCUUCCAAAUGACUCCAGCUGUGUGGAAGAGAUUUUGCGGGAGAUGACUCACUCCUGGCCACCCCCUCUUACGGCCAUUCACACUCCUGGAAAAGCUGAUCAAACCAAGUUUCCCAUUCCAAGCAAGGAGUCGCAGCAUGUGACCUCAAGUUACAACACACAGAAGCGAUGUACUGUAUCAGCUAGCAAGUCAGCUGUGAAACCACCAACCGCACCACAAAAGUCAAUGCUGGAGGAUGACCUCAAGAUCAGCAGUGAUGAGGAAGAGGCCGAGCAACAGGUAUCCGGCAAGCCCAAAGUCCGAACCACAGCCCUGAGUGGCGCAUCAGGGAGCAGCAGUGAAUCUGAGAGCAGCUCGGAGUCGGACACGGACGAAUCAGAGAGCAGUUCCAGUGACAGCGAAUAUAACCAGACCACUCGCACCAACUCCCCUGAGCGUGAGUUGUCCUCAACUAACAAAUGGCAGCUGGACAGCUGGUUGAACAAGGUCCAAGCUCAACCUAAACCUCUGGUGGCCCCACCGCAAGAUCAUCAUGGCGCAGGUUCUGUCACUCAGAAUCAGGAAACGUUCUCCCAGUGCAGUGAAGCGGCAGGAGCGGGUGCCGCAGCCAAGACCAAGCCCUGUGGAUCCAGUGGCGCUGCUCUUCCCACAGCGGCAGCAGUGGAGCACAAAGAUGCCAGGGGAACAUUCUGCCCAGGCAGGGAGAAAACGAAGGCCAAACUCAGCCAGAAGGCAUCAGGGGAGGGUCAGAGGUCAAAGAUGAGGCUGUCCCCAGCACUGAUAUCUGGUCCGGAGGUCACCACACCGAGGAGAAUCACGACAGGGAAGAAACAGCCCAGACGGACAGAGAGGUCGAACAGUGUGGAGGAUAAUCAGAGUCAGACGUGGAGCAGAUCAAACCAGCAAAGCCCUGCAGUGAGGGAAAAAGACCUGUACCCUCCUUCCUCCAUGGAGCAUCAGAACACGUCCAGGCCACGAACCAAGCCCCCGAGUGGGAAAACAGCUCCCAGGAAAGAACCUCACAGUUCCACCAACUCAAACAACACAGUUGUACAACCAGUAGCACUACAGCAAACCACUGUGCCAAUACCCACUGUCAGUGUAAACCAGGACAAGAGAAAACACAGAGGCCCAAGUAACAAAAUCACACCCAAGUCCAGAGAGUUCAUCGAAACAGAUUCUUCCUCCUCCUCUUCGGAAUGCCAGUCGGAUUCAGAGGAAGUCAUUAAAAUCCCAGCUUUGCCGCUUCAGUCAACACGUGCGGCAAUUAAUGCGCAGCCUCAGUCCAAUUCGUCCACCCCCUCUCUUCCCUGUUUUAGCUUGGCCAGCGGUAUGGGGAGCCUCGGAGUCGUCGGAGGGAAGGGACUUUGUGCUCGGGAUGGUAGCAGUGUGAGCGCCAGUAUUAACAGUAGCACUGGUAGCAUUAGCAGCAGUGGCACUGGUGGUGGUGGUAGUAGUGGUGGUAGUAGUAGUAGUAGUAGCUGUGACACACGAAGCAUCAUAAACAUAAGUGGUUCAUUUGGUUCCUCUGUUCCGGACCCUGGAGGGUUAGGUGGACCGUGCAAGAACCUGGAGUCCAUGUCGCCACACUUCAUGAUGGGACAAGAUUUGCCUCUUUCCCCACUCCCGGAAUACCAGGAGACUCAGAGUCUAUGGGUGAAAAUUGACCUGAGCUUACUUAACAGGGUGCCAGGACAGGGAUUUGGUCAAAUAUCUCGGCUGGGGAUAAUAGAACAGGACGCAGUUGAAGGAAGAGUAUGCGAAAGAGCAGGGGAAAGGGUCGUGGUGUCAGACAGAGAGAGACAAAAACAGGGUGACAGAGAUUGCCAUGGGCUCAGGGAAAGGCCGAAGUUACCGAAAGGGGAGCAGCAGAAUGACGAAAAUGAGCCAUUAGUGCACGACACAGAGAGGCAGUGUGACAGCAGUAGAUUAACAGAGAGGGACGGGCAGGCGGACAGAGAGGAGAGAGAAAGGUUCAAUUCAGGAGAGAGAGACAAGGUGACGGAAAGAAGCGAAAAGGGAUGUCACGGGCUCAGGGUCCUGGACAACCGCCCUGUGCCGGAGAAGAGUCUUCGAAGGCUGCACGGGAGGAUGGAAAGAGAAGAGAGUGGAGGAAAACACAGGAGGCUCGCAACAAGCAGCUUGGUGGUCCCCACAGAGAAGCAUACCAGCAAGAGCAAGAGAAAACACAAGUUGGACCACAUGGAGCCAUCCGGUAACAGCAAUAAAAAGCUACAAUUGGACAAAGACUGUCAGCUCCUUCCACCUUGUAUCUCUCCAAUACAAAACCACAAAAACAACCCUAUGGAAUCUCUAAACAGGAAACAGUCCCGGCGGCAAGAUGAGAAGCUUCUUCCUCCCCUACUGUCCCCCCUAUCUGAAGAACCCCCUCCUAAACGUAACUGUGAGAGCAGUUCAUCUCUCAGUCAGGAUGGUGGCGCCACUUCAGUGGUACCUUGCCCCAUCUCCUCCUCGACACACAGACACAGGAGAGGAGAUGGCAGAAGUUUAUCACAUGCCAGAAAUGUUGCCACAAGUCUAACAGAUCAUCAUAGCAAGAAGUCUUGUGGAGACAGUUUCCACGCCAACGGACAAUCCAACUCAGAUGCGUGGUCGGAACCACUGACAGAUCCUGCGGAACCUCCGAGACCAAGACUGUCCUUUAGUGACACUGUCCAUAGUGCAGACUACUACAUGCAGGAGGCCAAAAGACUAAAGCACAAGGCCGAUGCUUUGAUGGACAAAUACGGUAAAGCAGUGAACUACGCAGACGGCGCCCUCUCUUUCAUUGAGUGUGGAAAUGCGAUGGAGCGGGAUCCUCUUGAGGCCAAAUCGCCAUACACGAUGUACUCGGAAACCGUCGAGCUAAUUAGGUAUGCCAUGAGGUUGAAGAACUUCACCAGCCACUCAGCCACCAUAGCGGAGAAGAAACUUGCCGUGUUGUGUAACCGCUGUCUGUCUCUGCUGUAUCUGCGGAUGUUCCAUCUGAAGAAAGACCAUGCUGUCAAGUACUCACGUUCGCUGAUGGAGUAUUUCAAGAACUCCGCCAAGAAUUCCCAUCAAGCACCCUCUCCCUGGAGGACAAAUGGAAAGAUCAACGGGACUCCGUCUCCACUCUCUCUCAGCCUCUCCCCGGCCAGCGGCGGCAUUGGGGGAGGAGUAUCAGGAGGUGCACCAAAUUCAUCAGGCAGCAUAGCAAUUCCACAACGCAUCCACCACAUGGCGGCCAGUCAUGUAAACAUCACCAACAACAUCCUGCGCAGCUACGAGCACUGGGAGACGGCUGACAGAUUGGCCACCGGUAGUCAAGAGUUCUUCCAGGAGCUCGACUUGGCGAUGGAGCCUUUGAGUCAGCAGAGCGGCAUGACCGAGCUGGUCCGUUACAUCAGACAGGGGCUGCACUGGCUCCGCAUUGAGGCGCACCUGCUGUAGGCGCUGGACCAGAGCCAGCCAUAAUAAAAAAAAAUUUAAAAAAAGGGAAAUCAUAAAAUGGGCCUGGGAGCUAGAACUGGGAUCAAUCAGAUGACACACACAAUGACGCUUUAGUCCCCGUUGGGGUCCUUCAAAUGACUCAACAUGCAAUCAUACAGUCAUGGCAUUGAUGAGCUGGAUUAAUUGGGAAAAAAUCAAUCCGCACUUAGGAAUUAGUAAUGACAUGAUUUGAAUGUGACCUACUAAGUACAAAUGAGCAUAAUGAAAUUGAUGUGGCUCUUUGGGGAGACAACAAUUAUGACGCAGUUUUCAAUUCCUCCCUGAAUAGAGAUAUAAGUUUGAUGUAUUUUUAACGAGAUGAGACAAUUUUCAAAAGGAAGUGUUCAAGCUGCUGUGUUUAAAGUGGAUGACUCUUGGAAGGAAGUUCCAUGGAGGCUCCAAGAAACAUGUUGUCUGAUACUGAUCCAGCCGCUAAAGCACUUGUCCAAUACACUAAUUAGGUAAGGGCCAUGCAGGUAAAGGCAGCCACAUUACAAAGAAUUUUUUAACAGAAGACUAACAUCUGUCGCCUUAACGUAGCCGUCCUCUUACAUUCUAAAUUCUCCUGCGAUUUAUCUUUUUCCUCACAAAAUUAAACAAAUAUGUGAAAUGACCAUUGCUGCUGUUCACAGUUAAUCUGCGGCUUUCUUUUGGCACUUUAAUACUUGAUUUAUAAAAGUGGAUAACACAGUGUCUGAAGUUGACAGCGGUUUUUGCUGCCGACUGAGGGGUCCGAAAUCGCAGAUUUCCGUGCAACUUCAUCUUCUUACUCUUUGUGUCAAUUUCCUUUGCACUAAAUCCAGACUACAAUCAUUUCAGGACAAUGCCCCUCUUUUAAACGUUUUUUUUAAAUGUUAUUCCUUUCAUUACUUUUCCUCAUUGUUGUUCCUAAAUGCUGAACAUUUUUUUGUUGGACCGCUGGACAACCCAAGGCAUGAACCAAAAACCCAGGCCUACCAGUGGGGAUAAUCAAAUUUUGCUUGGGACCUUUUCUGUCAUUGUCUUAAGUGAAAUAGUUCACCAAAGAAAAAUCAGUCUACCAAUCUCAGCACACAAAGAAUGACGCAUUUUGGGAUUCCUUGAGUUGUUUCGAGGCCUCGCCGGCUAUUUUUUUUUUUUAGGGAAGUUGGCUCAGUUCUGGCUCCCACGGUAACCCGCCAACCCAGCUGACUGUCCAAAGUUGGGCAUAAAAUACAAGAUCUCCCCCAGCCCCACUAAGAGACUGUGCACCAAUGGCAAGUUUGCAGAAAAUUGAAUCUGAUCAAAUCACCACUGGACAUUUUGGUCGCUUGCUGUGUCGUUCCAUGUAUACGUGUACAGCUGAUUGUGUCAAGUCUUUGAAAAAUGACUGGACGAUAGUGACGUUUGUGCUCCACGAUAUAAGGGACUGUGACUCCCCGCGGACAGUGAUGUUGUGUUUAUUGUUGUUGUGGUUGUUUGUGUCAGUUCAAAGUGACCGGACGAUUGAAUCAUGUGAAACAAGAUAUUGAACAUCUAUAUUCCGUCGUGCGUGUUUUUUUUUUUUUUUGUGUGCGCGCGAGAGAGAAAGAAAGAAAAGUAUGUGUUUGUUUUUGGCCGCAUUCACACAGCAACAAAUCCGCCACUUGAAAACUCAAAGCUUCUUCCCGUGCCGUUUUUUUUUGGGGGGGGGGGGUUUAUAGUAUUUAUUUUUUGUUGUUGUCUUGGUCUGUGUAAAUCCAGCUCAUCGAGUGAGUGCUUUGGUUCUCAGUCAUGUAACCGCAGCUGAAUGUGUAUGGAAGACAAUGCGGAUGUGGAAAGAACAUUUGACAAAAAAGAAAAGAAAA